CCAGGGGGCCGCGAUGGAGGUGGGCUCCUGCUUCAAGAACUACGAGGACUUCAAAGAGUGCUUCCAGACCUACAAGAAGGAGAACCGGCUGCAGUAUGGCUUGAAGAACUGCGUCUCGGUCCGGUUUUACAACCGGAAGAACGGGACUCACAUCCGGGAGGAUGUGACGUUCAUGCAGGUGAAGUUUGGCUGUGUUCGGUCGAGGGAAUACAGCAAGAAGAGGAAGCAACACCCACAGUUAUGCCCAGCAUAUUUCAUCCUGCAGUAUAACGAAGAGCUGGACCGGCUGGUGAUCAGCGAGCUGAACGGCAACCACAUCCACGCAGACUCGAAGGCCUCCUCAGCAUGCCGUGGUCAGCCGCCUGUGACCAGAAUGGCUGCUCAGAGGUCUGCCUGCAAAGCCCAUGGCAGCCCCCCUGCGAAACUGCGUAGGCAGCAGCCUGCAGAGGUAGAAGACAGCCAUCUGGGCAACGGGGUGAGUGUGAAGAUCAACUCGGACGGUCACGCAAGGGUGAAGGUGGAAAUGGAUUCAGAGGAACCUCCGCCUCCACCGCCCUACGUAGGCUCAGAGAUCCCAGAGGCGGAGAAGGAAAGCCCCUCCAAUUCUGCUUUGGUUCGAGUUGGUGAAGUGAUGAAAAAUUUCCUGCGGGUGGACAUGGGAUCUUUAGCCUCCAUUAGUGUGGGGAGCGACCAGGCCCUGGAGAGACUGAACUUCCAGACGAGCAAGAUGAAGAGCUUGUUUGUGAAGUUCCCAGAGAGCCUCCUGCUGCAUCCGGUGCAGAGCGAGAGGGGACACUUGCUGUACGCAUUCCUUGUGGAAAGCAAGGAUCGGGUGGGGAAGCUGGUUCACUUCGCCAUCCUGAAGGAGGACACGGCAGAGAGCGUGAGGAAAAUGCUCUCUGUUUUCAAGGAGUUCAACCCCGAGUGGCAGAAAAUCAAGGUGGUCUUUGUGGACAUGUCCUUUCUCCACCGGCCUAUUCUUCAGGAGCUCUUCCCUUCUGUACAGGUACUCCUGUCUGUGUACCACACGGUGCGUCUCCUGGAGAAGAAGCUGAAGGAGUCCCGUGCUUCCUUCUCCUUCAAGCACAACCUGAAACUGGCCUUGCGGGAAGCCGUCUUCUCCACCUCCAGCGCUAACCUGGACGCUCUGUCUCAGCAGGUCAAGCGCCUGGUAGACGCAGAGCUGUACGACUAUCUCCAGACGAACUGGUUCUCCUGCGAGAUGCUGUGGUACAUGCAUGCCAAGAAGGGCCUCCAUUCCUGUAGCACCUAUAUAGACAGCUUAGACCUCAUCACUCAGAAACUGUCCAACCUUUUCAGCACGCAGCUCUCUCUAGAGACCAGCAUCCUUCACUUUGUGGAGUACGCGGACUGCGUCAACUCUAAAGGACUGGAGCAUUUGAACCCAGGCUUCUCUAGCUUGGAGGAGGAUAGCCGCAGCGGCCUGAUGGAGGAGCUCAAGGCCACGCAGACCCGAGUCUCCGUGAGGCGCAGCUCCAGCGCCGCCUCUCAGCAGGCCUCUGUCAAAAUGGCCACCGAGUCUGCCAAGCCGCUGACCAAGUGUCCUCCGGCCAAGCCUGUGUCCACCAUGCUGGUCGCUCUGCGAGAGACCUGCACUGACCUCGCCUACCAGCUGUGUCUCAACGAGUGGGACGUCGUGCAGAAGUCCACCCAGCUGAUGAACACCGCCAAGAGCAAGACGAAGGUCCAGCUGCUGGAGGAGACGCAUCAGGUGAGCAAGGACUGCCGGAGCUGCACCUGCUACUUCCACUGCCGCUACCAGCUGCCAUGCCGCCACAUCUUGUCCGUCCUUCACGUUAACCGGCAGGUGGUGGAGGAAGAGAUGGUGUGCAAGCGCUGGCAGAAGAAGUACCAGCACCUUUCCGUUUGGGGGGAGAACCUGCCCGAGUACUCGGCGGCCUGCAAAGGCACCUUGGGGGGGGCGGCUGCGGCAGCCCUGUCCGAGGAACGGCGGGACAAAAUCCAGUCUCUCAGCAAGGAGCUCGGCAACCUCCUGCUGCAGAGUGAGGGGGAGGAGUUGGAGGAGCGGACCUCCACGCUCAAGAUGAUUGUGGACAUUUGGGCCAAGUCCUGUGAGCUGCAGGAAGAGGCGGAAGAGGAGGCGGAGGGAAAGCACCUGGGCGUUGGGAAUGUGGGGGACCUCCCUUUCCUCUGGGUGAAAAAGGAAGAGAUGGAGGAGGUGGUGGCUGAAGCAACUCCCAGCACAUUUGCAGAAGAAGCCCAGACCUUUCUGCCUCCUCCGCAAGCAGUCUAA